CAAACGUGCCCUCCAAUUUCAAAACGACAAUGGACAGUAAAACGGCGCCGCUUCUCUGAGCCCUAAAACCCACCUUUCUUCUCCUCUCUCUCCUGACGCAGCGACAUUCCUUUGCACACGAUCUCCAUUUCCAGUUGAAGACUGUGUUUCUCUCUCUAGUUAGCUGCGAAAAUGUCGCUAAGAGUAUUGAAUCCCAAUGCGGAAGUGCUCAACAAGUCCGCUGCUCUGCACAUGAACAUCAAUGCCGCCAAGGGAUUACAGGACGUCCUCAAAACUAACCUCGGUCCUAAAGGCACCAUCAAGAUGCUUGUUGGUGGAGCCGGUGACAUUAAACUCACUAAAGAUGGUAACACACUCUUAAAAGACAUGCAAAUUCAAAACCCAACUGCAAUUAUGAUUGCAAGGACUGCAGUUGCCCAAGAUGAUAUUAGUGGGGAUGGAACAACUUCCACUGUCCUUUUCAUUGGUGAGCUUAUGAAACAAUCAGAACGUUACAUUGAUGAAGGGAUGCAUCCACGUGUUUUGGUUGAUGGUUUUGAAAUUGCCAAAAGAGAAACACUGCAAUUUCUCGAAAAAUUCAAGACAUCUGUAGUGAUGGGUGAUGAACCUGAUAAAGAGAUACUGAAGAUGGUAGCAAGAACAACAUUAAGAACAAAGUUGUAUGAAGCACUGGCAGAUCAACUGACUGACAUAGUUGUAAAUGCGGUACUUUGCAUUCGGAAGCCUGAGGAAGCUAUUGAUCUGUUUAUGGUUGAGAUCAUGCAUAUGCGCCAUAAGUUUGAUGUAGACACCCGUUUGGUUGAGGGUCUUGUCCUGGAUCAUGGUUCAAGACAUCCUGACAUGAAGCGAAGAGCCGAGAAUUGCUAUAUUUUGACAUGUAAUGUAUCACUGGAGUAUGAGAAAAGUGAAAUAAAUGCAGGAUUUUUCUACUCAAGUGCAGAGCAGAGAGAGACAAUGGUUGCAGCAGAAAGGCGUUCAGUCGAUGAGAGAGUAAGGAAAAUCAUUGAGCUAAAGGACAAGGUCUGCUCCGAUAACGAUUACAACUUUGUUGUUAUCAAUCAAAAAGGAAUUGAUCCUCCAUCACUUGACCUUCUUGCUAGGGCGGGGAUAAUUGCCCUUCGAAGAGCCAAGAGGAGAAAUAUGGAGAGAUUGGUUUUGGCUUGUGGUGGGGAGGCUGUUAAUUCUGUUGAUGACAUAACUCCUGAUUGCCUUGGUUGGGCUGGACUCGUCUAUGAGCAUGUUCUUGGAGAAGAGAAGUAUACCUUUGUGGAAAAUGUGAAAAAUCCAUACUCCUGCACAAUCUUAAUAAAAGGACCCAAUGAUCAUACAAUUGCACAAAUUAAGGAUGCUGUUCGUGAUGGCUUGAGAGCAGUAAAAAAUACAAUUGAGGAUGAAGCGGUUGUCCUAGGAGCCGGGGCUUUUGAAGUUGCAGCCAGACAAUACCUAAUUAAUGAAGUAAAGAAAACUGUUCAAGGGCGUGCCCAACUUGGUGUUGAAGCUUUUGCUGAUGCCCUUCUCAUGGUUCCCAAGACACUAGCUGAAAAUUCUGGCCUUGACACUCAAGAUGUCAUAAUUGCCCUUACGGGUGAGCACGACAGAGGAAAUGUUGUGGGAUUAAACCAACACACCGGGGAGCCUAUUGACCCUCAAAUGGAGGGAAUUUUCGACAACUACUCGGUUAAGCGCCAAAUCAUACACUCAGGGCCAGUCAUUGCAUCUCAGUUGCUCUUGGUCGAUGAAGUAAUCCGGGCAGGGCGUAACAUGCGGAAGCCAAAUUAGCUCUUUUUUGUUCGUUUGCCUACACUUUUACCAGGUGGUGCCAUCUUCUUUGUUGUAGGGUGUUAUUUGUCUAUUUGUCUAUGUAUGCUUCUAACUGAAUCUGCACAAAUGAUGCUGGUUUUAGUUUGAGGUUUGUAGAGGGUUAUUUUGCCAUGACCCUCAGAAUUUUUGUUUAGAAUUGGCAUUUUUUUCCACAAGUUCCCUCUGUUUUGUUAUCCUAACAAUGGUUAUGGGUCCGAUAUUAUGUGAGUUUUUUUAGGGCCUGCUAAGUUGUGGGUUCUCAUUAUAUUGAUCACGUGAAACUUGUGAA